AUGAGCUUCCACUCGCACAUUCUCCAUGAGCCUUCUACCGUCAUGAUUCCCGUGAGCUACAGCGGCGGUCAGCCACGCAAGGGUGUGGAGGAUGGCCCUGAGGCCCUGGUCCAUGCGGGACUGCCGAAGCAGCUCGAGUCGCUUGGCUGGAAAUAUGAGCAAGACGACUCGAUCUCAUGGGACGACAUUCGUUCGAUGGAGCGAGAGACGAAGGAAGGAGAAAAGAUUCAUAAUGUGGAAGCCUCCUCGAAGGCGAGCCAGCUGCUGGCUGACGUGGUGGAGAAGCACGCCAAGGCCGGUAAGCUCCCGCUGACGGUGGGUGGCGACCACAGUUUGGGCACUGGUACCAUGAUAGGCACGUCGCGUGUGUACCCUGACGUUGCUACCAUUUGGGUGGAUGCGCAUGCCGACAUUAACACGGCCCAAACGACGCCCUCGGGCAAUUUGCACGGCUGUCCUGUAUCAUUCGCGUUGGGUCUUGACGGCUCGUAUAUUGAGCCUUACAAGAGCUGGCUCCCUGCGCCUACCAAGAACGUGCACAACCGUAUUGUAUAUAUUGGUCUGCGUGAUAUUGAUGAGGGAGAGCGCAAGAUUCUUAAGGACCAUAAAAUCAAGGCGUUCUCGAUGCACCAUAUCGACAAGUUCGGUAUCGGCAAGGUGGUCGAAAUGGCUCUUGACUAUAUCAACGGUGACACGUCGCGCCGCGAUCGCCCCAUUCAUUUGUCGUUUGACGUCGACGCGAUGGACCCGAGCGUCGCCCCGAGUACAGGCACACCGGUGCGUGGUGGUCUCACGUUCCGAGAAGGUCAUUACAUAUGCGAGGCGGUAGCUGAGACCGGCUCGCUGGUGGCUAUGGAUAUGGUGGAAGUGAACCCCCAUCUGGAAAAGCAUGCGGCUGAGCAGACGAUUGCCGUGGGCUGUUCCCUCAUUCGUUCGGCGCUGGGGGAGACGCUUCUGUAA